GAGACAUCGCUGAGCGUGUGUCGACCUGCUGACUGUAAAGAGAGUUAAAGCGUCAUAUCCUGUAUACACUUAACUGAGCAAACAGACUGUUUUGAGCAGUUUUACUCUCUGUGUUGGUGUGUAUGUAAGAGACACGUGGGAACACUAUGACUCAGGUAAGCCAUCAUCCAUGGGGAGAGUGGCCUGGCCAGGGCACCGUGGACCUGUGGGUUGUCCAGUCUCCUCAGGUGAAGGUGGAAGUCCUAACCUUAGGCGCCAUUAUCAGAUCAGUGAGCUACAGAGGGAAGGAUGGACAAAUGGGGGAUGUAGUCCUUGGCUAUGAUAACCUGGAAGGUUAUGUGUCAGAUAAGCGGUACCUGGGCGCUGUGGUGGGCCGUGUGGCAAACAGGAUUGCAAAGGGACGUUUUGUCCUUGAGGGGAAGGAGUACCAGCUGGAUGUUAACAAUGGACCAAAUGCGCUGCAUGGAGGCCUGCGAGGCUUCAAUAAGGCUAUCUGGCUUGCUACAGCAGUGGAAGGUGGUGUUCAGCUGAGUCUUACCAGUCCAGAUGGAGACCAGGGUUAUCCUGGUGAAGUUCAGGUCUCUGUCUCCUACACACUGCAGGCAGAAGAACUAACUGUUGAAUACCAAGCACGGGCUAACAAAACUACCCCCAUCAACCUCACCAACCAUUCCUACUUCAACCUGGCCGGACAGGGUGUAGCAGAUAUCUACGACCAUCAGGUGUCCAUCACUGCACAGUCCUACCUGCCUGUGGAUGACACAUCAAUUCCUACAGGAGAGAUCAGAGAGGUGAAAGGCACACCCUUUGACCUCAGAGAACCAGUUCUCAUUGGCCCUCAUCUGAAGGAACUUCAAGGCCCAGGGUUUGACCACAACUUCUGUUUGUCAUCACCCAGAGAACCAUGGACAGAGAAACGCGCUGCCAGAGUCUGUCACCCGGCAAGUGGGCGUGUCUUAGAGGUUUCUACUAACCAGCCAGGAGUCCAGUUCUACACUGCCAACUUCCUGGAUGGCUCCAUCGCAGGAAAGGGUGGUUGUAGGUACAGGAAGCACAGCUCCUUCUGUCUGGAGACGCAGAACUGGCCUGAUGCUGUUAACCAGCCUUCAUUUCCUGACUGCCUUCUGCAUCCUGGAGAGAACUACCAUCACAUAACUCGCUACACCUUCACAACUGUCUGAUCUGACAGACAGAAAAGAAGAAAAUUUCAUCAUUUGCAGCAGAAUGUUUCAUUUCCUAAAAGUCUUAAUUAUGAAUAUAAUUUUUGUUAACAUUUUACAAUAUUUUGUUAAGCUUGAAAAAAACCUUCAUAGUUCAACAUGACCAAACUCUGUUAUGAUUUGAUUUACGAUGAUGUGCCAUACUUGUCAUAUUAAACACAAUAUUGAUCAAGA